CAAUACAUAUCAUCUCAAGUUGAAGGGCAUUGCCUUCAUCUGCCUUGAAACCUUUGCAUAGGAAAAACGAGCAGAGUAGAUGCAGACCAAGGGAAUACAUGACCCUUCCUCUGGUUAUAAGCCUUUAGUGAACACGUGUUCACCAUAUAAUAAUAGCAGAUCUUGGUCCAUGAAGUCCCAAGAAGUGCCUCUAUCUGUUGUUGCAUCAUUUAACAAGAUAAAAAACGUCAUCAGUGGUGUCCCCCAACUUGCUAGUAUUUUGCGGAGCUCAAAAAAGUUGGUGGUUAGUGAAGAUGGAAAGAAAGUCAGACGUCAACAUCCAUUGACUGAAUCUGACAUGGAUGAGCUUCAAGUAAGUCAUACUUUAGAUAGCUUUAUUCUUUUACCAUGUCGGAUGAACCUUGUUCGGUUGUUGCCAUGUCCUAAAUAUGUGUAUAUACAAUUUUUUUGCUGAAUGUAACUCUGAGAACUUCUCCAUUUAUUGUUGGUUAAUUGCAAAUUACCAGCCUGUUUGAGCCCCAUUAUUUUCUUAUAAUGCAUUUUAGAAUAGUAGA